AUGGUCUUUUUCUUGUCUUUAGGCUCCACUAAGACCUCCUUUAAUGCCACAUCCCCAAACAGCUUCGAACUGGAGAAAGGGACUGAAGCUAAAUUUGCCCAAGGCAUCAACAUCCCAGUGUGCCUAAGUCUUGGCCACUGUCUCCAUUUUCCUUAUACAGCAUGUGAGACAUCAAAGAACUUUGAGGGAUCCUUGCACACUGCUGGCUUUCCUGUUCUGGCAAGAAGAGAAACUGAUGGUUAUUAUUAUCCUGGCACAAUAAUAAAGGACAUAGAGGGCAAGAAAAGAACUUUCCUUGUACAGUUUCCCAAGCCAUUUGCUGGGGGUGAGGAAGAUGCACCAUGUGUGCAGAAAACAGCCAGCAGUGACAUUCAUGAACGUGUGCAUGGAAUGACACACUCCAUAUUACCAGGUGACAAAGUCCUGGCACCCUGGGAACCAGAGCAGGAAAGAUAUGGCCCUGGCACUGUCAUCCGAGGCAUGGAGACCAGGGAUCCUCUGAGAGAGAAAGAAGAUGAAGAAAUUACGGUCAGUUUUUGGAAUGGCAAGAAAGCCAAAGUCUCGUUAGGUGUAGCCUUGUGGAUUCCACCAAUGCAGUGGGAGAGGAUUGUGGAGAUGAUCUGCAUGCCUCUUAGCAGCCGGAAACAGUUUGAAGGGCAACUGCAAAGGCCAGCUUACUUCUUUGGCUCAUGUAGGCCUAUACCAGCAUCCACAUAUACAUGCCCCUUAGGUGGCCUCUGCAGGCUCCACAGGCCCUAUUGCGCUUUCAUCCAUCCUUACUCAAGAUGCUUUCACCACACAUGCUCAUUGCUUGGACAUCCGCAGUUCAUUUCCUGCUGCUGCCCUAAAUAUAGCAGCUGCUGGUGGGUGCCCUCUUUAGCAGAAUUACCCCACAGAGAUGUUAAAGAAGAAGAAUUCAGCAGAAAACCCACAACAGCAUUGCUGGCAGUGGAAGGUCCUCCAAAGGAAGAAUCAACUGCAGCCUCUUCUUCAUGCUCCUCCAACUCUUCUUCAUGCUCCUCCAGUUCCAAAACUGCUAGGGAAACAGGUCUGCCCAAGAACACAAUGGUAGAUCAUGCAGUGAACACAGAUUCUAGUCUUUUUGACAAGCCCAAGCUGCAAGAAAUCAGAAGACCUGAUUGGAAAUACUGGAAGAGAAGCCAUCCCAGCUCCCAUUAUAAGAGCUUCAGAACCAACUGCAGCAGCUGCAGAGAUGAAAGAGCUCAAAGCAAAGCAGUUCCUUAUACAGGCAAGUCCCCAGCUGCACUGAUCAACCAUGCCAUGUUUGAAACCAUUAAGCAGCCUCCUCGAAGGCAACUUACCAUGAAGGAGUCUCGACUCACAAAGAUGUCAAAUCAUCCUCAGGAGGACAGUAAUGACACAGUAAAAUCACAGUUCAAAGUGUGUGCUUGUUUUUAA